AUUGAGGGUACUCAUCUCUGGAAUGAAGCGGGUAAUGAACAAGAGAUGACCUUUUACAGAUGUCUUUCCAGCUACCUAGACACUUUGUUCUUAAAAAUGGGCGAAACAGGCUGUUUAAGCAAACAAAAUACUGAUCGAAACCAACCGCCAACUUUUCCACGCAACAGGCCUUCUCCUACCUAUUCCAGAAACAUUGAUCUUAUUUUGCAAUACAACGAUAGUCAGAAUAUCGAUUUAUGCAGUAACGAAUGGAAAAGGUCUAAAGUCACUCCCGAUCUCGAACUGAAGCAGCAAUAA